AUGCAACACUAUUACAAAGACAAACCGUCACGGCUCAAAAGAAAGAAAAGUAUCAAACACGCUUGGAUGUUAUCCGAGCAGAUCGCGAUGAGCAAAUCGCAUUUUGUACAGACUUUAAUAAAAUACUCCAAGCUGUACUGCAAGUACACGAAACUGGCAGGAUUCAGAUACUUCGUGGAGUCUAAAACAACGUGGUUCGACAGAACUUUGUGGUUCCUGAUGUACGCCGUCACGGUACCCGCGAUGGUCUACAUGGUUUACAACAGUUAUCUGGAAUUUAUGGAGAAUCCGUUGUUCACCAGCGUCGAAACCGAAUACUUUCCGACACACGAAUUGAAUUUCCCGGGUAAGUUGAACGCGCUUUUGCGCAGUCGGCUUCAAAAAGAUAAUGUGACCUCCGCGGCCAAUAUCACCGAUCUAUCGCUCGACGAGAUCUUGGAGGCGAUCUUCCAGCUGGGCGAUCUCUAUGACUCCGAGUUCAUGAUGCAAAAUACCUAUCAAAUCGAUCAACUUCUCACGAUCUUCUACAACGGUUCUUACAGCAUCACCGAACUGAUGAAACGAUUAACGCCACAAUGUUCCUCCAUGCUGUCAAAGUGUCGGUUCCACGACGAGGAACGGAACUGUUCCGAGCUGUUCGCAUUCCGCAAGACGCAGAACGGUUUCUGUUGCACGUUCAAUUAUGCCACCAAAGGGGACGAUACGCAUUUCACGAAUCGUGAAAAUGGGACGGACCAUCGACUGGAGCCGAUCAAGGUUGAAAAUUUGACCGAGAGCGGUGGGCUGUCGGUGCUGUUGAAAUCAUCUCUGGACGAUUACUUCUACCCUAUUUUCCCCAGUGCCGAGUGGAAGGUGACGAUCUUCAAUCCCCACGAUUAUCCAGACAUGGCUAGCGGAGGAGUAAUCGACUUUCUGGUCUCGCCAAGGAAACACCGGAGCGUGGAAUUAGAGGCAAUCGUGUCUUACAGUAUAAGGAGCAUUAUACCAUAUCCUCUUGAGAAACGAGACUGCGUGUUCCAGGAUGAAAUGACUUCCUUUCACAUGUUUUACACUUACAGCGACUGCAUCGUCGACUGCAAGAUAGAGGACAUAUGGAACAUUUGUAGAUGCGUACCCUUCUUCUUGCCCAAUCGAACUAAAUGGUUCUCGGUGAUACCGCACGAGAAUCUGUACAAUAUCGAAGACGUGAAGGAUAUUCUGAGUUGCGGUAAAUGCUAUCCCGAAUGCAACAGUGUAAAUUACAAUGCCAAGAUAUCUAUAGCCGAUUUGGAAUCGAAUCAACACGUAGCUGAAUUAUUGUGA